AUGACUGAUGCCUCACUGCCCACGCUGAGGGGCACAACAGAGGACACCCCUGGCCCCAGUGUCCUGGAGCUGGAGGAGCUCCUGAGGGCAGGGAAGGUUUCUUGCAGCCGAGUGGAUGAAGUUUGGCCCAAUCUUUACAUUGGAGAUGCGGUGACGGCCAAUAAUCGCUUCGAGCUGUGGAAAUUGGGCAUCACCCACGUGUUAAACGCUGCCCAUGGGGGUCUCUACUGCCAGGGAAGCCCCGACUUCUACGGCACCAGUGUGACCUACCUGGGGGUGCCAGCCCACGACCUCCCAGACUUCGACAUCAGCACCUACUUCUCCUCAGCAGCUGACUUCAUCCACCAAGCGCUCUGCACCCCUGGGGCCAAGGUUCUGGUGCACUGCGUGGUGGGCGUGAGCCGAUCAGCCACUCUGGUCCUGGCCUUCCUCAUGUUGCGCCAGCAGCUGACCCUGCGCCAGGCUGUGAUUGCCGUUCGGCAGCACCGUUGGAUUUUUCCCAACCGAGGCUUCCUCCGGCAGCUCUGCAGACUGGACAGAGAGCUGCGAGAUGCCAGCCAGAGCUGA